AUGGCAACAGGAAAUCGAAAAUCGUACAAAUACACGUUGUCGUCAAAUGACGGACUCAUGUCGCCGGAACUGAGAGACUUUUACGAAAAAAACGGAUUCCUCGUCAUCAGACGUUUAUUUAACCAAACGCUUUUGGACCAAUUCAAGUAAGUCUACAAUAUUAAUGAUAAACUUUUUUAUGGAAUUUUUAUUAUCGUAAAAUGAAAAUUUAAAAUAUUUCAUUUUCUCCUCAUACAGACAAAGAUUCGUCGAUAUAUGCGACGGUAAAGUGAGCCGUGGGGGAAUAACCGUAAUGAGGGACAUAUCGUCGAUCGUCGAGAAAGGGCGCGAAUUCGUCUCUAAAGAGCAAAUUGUUAAUAAGAUUCAAGACAUACUGUGGGACGAAGUUUUCGAACGAUACUUCCUACACCCGAAGGUAUAAUUGUUAUUUUUGGUUCUUUUGAACGAUCGCUGCAAAUACUAUUUAAAACAUAUUAUUAAUCGUUAAUCGUUAUGUUUUUCGGUAAUCUCUGAAAAAUGUAUUCAAAUGCUAUAGAUAUUACAUAUUAAACAAGGUCAAAUCAUACAGUAAUGGUAAACCUGAAGCUCGUUUAAUAGGAAGGGUGAACUUAAAUCAUAAUAGGUAUAUUGAAAACUAAUAUCAAAAGGGUACUGCAGUAUGUUCAAAAACGUUACAUUAAAACAUAAACACCACUGAGCCACUCUUCCUCUCCAUUUAUGUUGGUACCAAUAUAUAAUUCGAGUUUUAAUCCAAGGGAUUAAUCAUCAAGUCACGCUCUAACACAAAUUCACAAAUACUAACCAGGGAGUUACAAGGGUUUCCAGACCCAACCCUCUCGGAAUUAUUUUUUUCAAAAGUCGAACAUUAAAAUACCCCCGUACUAAAAUACGUGAGUACUAUUUUUAUUUAAACAGUAGACGUAAUUUCUAUUUUAUUGUAAACGUAUCGAUAUAACUUGUAUGCCAUAUUUUUUUUUUUAAAAAUUUCGUGUUUUUAUACUUUCAGGAUAGGAAUUAUAUACACGUAGGUUUAAUAUUACGGUACUUGCGGCAACAUUAUAUUUUCUGAAAGGUAAUUUAUUAAAAACGUUUAACGAUAUUAAUCAUAUCGUCGUCGUCGUUUUUUGUUAUUAUCGGCGUCGUUAUUAUUACCUAUUAUUUAUCGGUAAGGUUAAAAUCCGUCAAACUAGAGUAUACCACACCGUUUGUCUGGCUUUUAGGCUGUUUUACUAAAUUUUUUUUCUGUCUGUCCGCGAGAUCCGCACCCAUUUUUUAUUAUUUUUCUUUUUUUUUUUUUGUUUAUAUAAGCGGUCCAUGUUCAGAAUAACAAAUAAUAUAUUGUUAAAAUUUAUAGCGUCAAUUUUCGUGACCAUAAUAUUAUAAUAAUAACCGAAAACCGCGAUUCGGGGCGUUCUCGCAAUCGAUAGCAUAUAAGCAUUUUUAUGUAUGUUGUUAAAAAAUUUCCUGAUGUCAAGUUCCACACUGCUCGUGAUUCAUAAGCGAUUUUUAUUUUGAAAAGCUAUUUUAGAUUCUGAGUGGAACGAGGAAUAUAUUGGUUUUGCAAUGAUGUUUGUUAUUUUUUUUUCUGUAGACAACUUUCCUACCAACAAUUUUACUCCGAUUUUCAUAUAUAUAUCACUUUUUUUGAAAGGAAAUCUACCUUGAGUGAUACUUUCGGGAGGUCAUUGAUUUUCCCAGUUGUUUUCAUAAUAAACGGGAAAAACGUAAAUUAAAAAUUUACGAAAUGUAUUAUUUUUAAAUCUGCCCAAUCUUCUUAUCUACAAUAGUGGCCCACCGUCGUACGAAGCAUAUCUGUUUUUCUUAUACAGUCCUACUUAUUAUAUUUAACUUGCGUCUACCAUCCUAUGUUAUUUUACUAGUAAGGCAACUGUAGCUUUGUUUAUAUUUGGCCAGUUUUCAUCUAAUUUGCUACACGAAAUUAUUUUGGUCCAUUUUAUUUACUUAUCAGGCACAAUUCUAUUGUUGAAAACGUUGUAAUAAUUCUAGAUUUUUCAUUUUUUUUUUUUUUUUUCAUUUAAGGUGUGCGAAAAUUCGCAAAAACCAUUUCUGCUGUCUGAACCUUAAUAAAAAUUAUAGGUGUCGGAUUGUAAACAUUUAUCGUGAUCUUUCCAAAAAAGAAAUAAUAAAUAAAACAUAAUAAGACGCGUAAAAAUGAGAUAAACUCAUAGCACUAUCGCUGUAAACCAACAAAAAUACAAAGCAUUCAUUCGAUAAAUAUUACAAACGAUACAUUUUUUAUUACCUAAUGUGAGUAUAGGUACUAUAAAAUCAAUUUGUUUUCGAGAAAGUACAAAAUCGACAUAAUAUAACACGUUCCAGUUUAAUACAAGUUUUGAUUUUAAAUAAUUUACAUCGGUAAAGAGAGUUUUGUAUUAUUCGAUAGGUACUUACGAAGUUUUAUAAUAUCUGAAAUUGUACUUUACGCUAUUUUCUAUAACGGCAACAGAAAAGCGAAAAUAAUACUAAAAGAGUAAUUAUUACCUAUAAUAAAAAUUUAAAAAAAGGUCUCAUAGUCGCGUAAAAACGCGUAAGUACGCAAAGUGUAUAGUAUUAAUACGAAAAUGUAUUAUAAUGUGCUUUUUUUUUACUGUCAUCUACAGUUAUAAAACUUUUACCACUCUCGAUGGUGUAAAAUUUAAAUGGGUACCCUCUAAAAUAUCAUUUUCUGUCAACGGCAAAAUAAUAAUAAUAUAAUGUCUUUCGAUUAAACCGCUUCUGUGUCCUUGUGUCAAGUCUUAGCUCACCUAACUAUACUCCUAAACGUAAUUUAAAAAUGAUAAUUAAAGCGAAUAAAUUAAGGGUGGAAAAUAACAAAACGCCCCUUUUCCUCGAAGCGAUUCGUGAGUAGAUGAUAUUUUAAAAUAUUAGACGAGUGACGUUAUAAACUUCAAUAAACAUAACAAAUGUUUAAUAUUUUUUUAGUUUUUUUAGUCGGACGAAAAAAUAAAAAAUUAAUACUUACUCAGUUCAGAAUUUUUUUUUUAAUUUGUAAUAAAUUGCCCUGCAAUAUAUAUCCUACUUUCCCAACUACCCAAAAACAACUAAAAUAGCUUAUACGUCGGCAGUAUCAUUUCCCCCCCCUCCCGAAUAUACGAGUAAACAAAAUAUUAUCGUCUUUGAUUUGUCAUUCGAAAAACUUUCUUGUCCAACUUUCCCGCCGCAUAAUUUCGUCACCCAAGGGAACAGCUGUCUCAAGUUUUACAAUGAUGUACGAUGACAAUAUAGGUUUUUUCUAUUUUUCUAAGAUACAAACACUCAAAUAAUAUUAUCCAUCAGUUAUCAAUAGUCGCCUAAGAAUAAUAAUAAUAACUAAUUGAAAACUACAUUGACAGUACGUUGUGCUUCGGAAAGUUAAUUUUUCUAAUGUUUAACCUCCUUGUAUAACUGCAAAGAAAAGUAAUUGGAAAAAAAAAUCUAAGAAAAGGUUUAAAUUUUACUCACGAAUCCAUUAUGUUCCUCUUAAGUUUUUUUUAACAAUAAUCUAAUAGUACCCUGCGCUAAAACAACAUUCGGUCCGAUUUUUUGAACUCAGUUCUUUUUUUCUGGGUUUUAACUUCUGAGAAUAACGAAAAAUUUUUAAAAAAAUUUGUUUUAUUCUCAUGAAAAAUACUUUUUCGAUUUACAAAAAAGAUUCGACUUAUAUAUUCAGAACCUUCUCCCCAUAACAUGCUCAACCCAUCUUAGCCUACUUUCUCUCAUUUUUUCUACUAUCGAAACCACGUCUAAUAAACCUCUUAUGUGCCCAUUCCUUAUACUAUCUUCUUUUGUCGGUUCACUCGUCCAUUUAAGCACUGUCAUCUCUGCUACAUUCUCCCAUUCUAUUUUUGUGUCUACCGCCCAACAAUCUGAACCAUACAACAUAGUCAAUCUUACCACAUUGUAGAACUUAACUUUAAGUCUCAUUGAAAUUCUCUUGUCGUAUAAAACACAAAACACCUCCCCACUUUAUCUAACUAAACGUAAUACUAUGUUUCACAUUCUCAGAAAAGCCACCGUUCUCUUAUACAAAAUAUCCUAGGUGCUUAAAACUUUCAACCUCGCCUAUUAUGUCAUCGCUUAUUGUCGUAAGCUGUAUUGUCUUAUUCCUCCACUUAAACUCUAUGUACUAUAUUUUACUUCUACUUAUUCUUAGUCCCUUUCCUUCAAAUUUUACUCUCCAUUUUUAAAAGCAUUUCGUUAACUUAUUUUAAAUUUUCUUCUAUCAAAGCUUUUGUCGUCUCUUAUGACUGGUAGAGGUGUCGUGGGAGUAUUCUGAUCCUCUGGUAGUAAAAUAUGCAUUAAAAUUCUAAGAAUACAAACCUGAAAAAUGUAAUUCUAUAUAAUUCUACAAAAAAAAAAAUAUAUGAGGACAAACGUUGCAUACAAGGUGGGAAAUCGAUUGAAAUGAAAGUUUAGAACGAAGGUGGCCAAUCCCAAAUAAUUGGAAUGAAGAUGAAGGAAAAGAAGAAAGUCGUGAGUUUAAUUCACGUUUCGAAUAGAAUAUUUUAUCUUAUUUUAUUAUAUUUUCUACGGGCAAUGCCUAAAUUGACAAAAAAUACAGUAAUAUAUUUCAUUAUUAUAUUAUAUUAUUCAUCUCUAAUUUAAAUUCAACAUUUAUUUUCGGCUUCUACCAUCUAAUAUUUAAUUAUAAUAACACAUCUUAUAUGUUUGUAUAAUGUAUAAUAUAAUUAUAUAAUUAUAUUACCAGUAGCAAGUGGGUUUUGAGAGUUCAAACGCCUCCAAAAUAUAAACUUCCCUUAAAUUUUUAAAUAAAAAUAAACUUAGGCACCUACAAUAUGUAACACAAAUGUCAUAUGUGAUAGAUACGUUUUACAAAACCAUCCUCUGACAUGUUUUCCCACGUUCAUCCCUGAUAAGUACGUAAUUUUCGUAAAACUAUAGUUUUUUUUCAUUCUUUUAUCAGUUACUCGAUUACGUACAAUGUUUUACGGGUAACAAUAUAAUGGCAAUGCAUUCGAUGUUGAUCAACAAACCUCCGGAUACAGGAUCAAUGAGUUCAAGACAUCCAAUGCACCAGGUUUGUAAAAACUAUUACUUUUAUUUUUGCAUUAAAUUUAUAAAUAUCUGACGUAUUUUGUAUAGUAUAUUAUGUCAUAUUCGUCAUUUGGUGACAUUUUUCAUUUCGUUUCACAACUUGAAAAUAACCUACUUAGCUUUUGAAAAUAAAAUACUAAUAAAAAAAUUUAUGAUCCAGUUUUUGACAGUAAAUUAAACAAAUAGUACAUUAAAAAAAAUACAGAGUUAACAGAAAUUAUUAAGUCUCAUUGUUAACAACCUAAAUUAGUGACUCCUGUGGUUUGAGGUCAUGCGAUUUGAGAAAAGCAGAAACUCCAAGUUUCAGCAAAAAACCAGAGGAUAGACCAAAAAAAAUAUGGUUAGAUGGGGUGAGAAAAUAUUUUAAAAUAUCAGAAUUGACGAAUUAAGAAGAUAGAAUCCAGUACCAUCCUGGACCGGUCCGAUUGUAGAACAGCGACGGUUGUAAUUGAAAUUAUUACAGCCAGAGAAGAAAAGUAAAAAUUAUCUAGGGUCCUAGACUAGAUUUUCGUCGAGUUAAAAUAAAAAUGUAUAGCCAAUAAUUUUGUUUUUUAUUUCUUUUUUUUUACUUUUUGAGUCUAACUCUAUGUACGUCAGAAAUAAUAAUAUAUCGUAUAGUAUAGAAACGACUAUUUCUUUCAUUUAUCGACUAAAAACGGAAUUGACCCGACUUAAAAAAAUAUAUAUGAUGAAAAUAUAAUUACUAACGGAUACUUUGACGUUCAAAAUUGCUACAACUUAUUUACGAACAAUAAAAACAUUUAACCACGUAUAGAGUGUACCUAACUUGCAUACCAACUUCUAAAAUGUUAAAAUUUGCAUGCAUUUAUGCACUAAAACAAGCAUAAUAUGCUUAAAAAAUAAAAAUAACAUUCAAAUACAUUAAGUUCACAACCCUGGUUAUUAGAAAUGGUGGAUUAUUAUUAUACUUAUACAACAUUACUAUACUUAGAGUUUUCCAUUUUUUUCAUUGCCUAUACUCUCGAAAUUCAAUAUUAUUAUACAAUGUUUUUAUCUUCGUGAUAAACAAAUAGCGUCCAUCGCCGCGAUCGCAAACUAAACUAAAAUAUUUAAGAGAUUUCUUAUAACUUAUAAGUUAUAAGAUUUAUCAAUUAUCGGCGAAAAAAUUUAACAAAAAUAGUGUUAGAUUUGAAAUAUAGCAAUAAAGAUUAAAGCUCCCACACGACUUAUGUACUUGGUGAGCACAGUAAUCGCUAUUUAACGCAUUAUUAGUGACAACUGAUGAGAAACCACGAUUGAAAAUAACCGUUAAAAUUUAUGACACCCUGUACACCCAAAACUGUAUCUACAAGCAGGUUUCCAUUGUUCACGAUUUUAUGCGCAAACGAGUAGUAAAUUUAAAAAAUAUAUUAAUAUGUGCGCAAACGAGUCUCCACCGUUCAAAAUGCACGAAGUUGAAACGUAUUGGAGUCGUAAUGACGGAAACAAUAUAGCAGAAAUAUAUAGUAUUUUAUAGUUAAUGCGUUUUAACGAGACUUUAUAACAAAUAAGUAUUUCGUUUCAAAUGAAAACGAAUAUUUGUUUUUACUCUCGUUCGUUCAACAUUUCAAAUAAUGAGAGACAAGAAACGAGAGUUGCAGCAGUAUAGGACAUAACUGCAGGAUUUGGGACGAAAAGGUCGGAAAACUUUAUGUAGGAAUCCCUUGUUUUAAAAUAAUAUGUUUUAUAAAUAUUUAGGACUUUAGAAAGAUAAUUUUCACUCGCAGAAUUAUACAGAGCAAUCGACAUAAUGUCAGACACUCUGAAAGUAUUAACUUUCGUUAGUUUAUUUUUAGUAAAAUUAAGAAACUACCAUCCUAAAAAUGUUAAAUUACAUUAUGUCACCCUUAUUUUUGGAGGUGAUACCACUGGCCCCAUUUUAUUUUCAAGUAGCAAUCUAUAUAGAAAUUCCACAAAUCGGUAGUUAUAGUUUAAAUUAGAGAUCUUAAUAAAAUACGUGUUUUAUUUCACACGUAUAUUCGUGUCACAGUUACACGGAUAUUUAUGUUGCAUAAUAACGCAUUUCACGUGGCACAUGAAUUCCGUAAUUUAAGUUCACGUGAAUUUACAAAAUACGUAUAUUCCGUGAUCUGUAUUCACGUAAUUAUUAAGUUUCAUUAUAUUCGAUUUUGAUUUUAUACUAAAAAUUUUGUUCCAACCAAAAAGUGACUAAAGAGCUUUUUUAUAGCAUUCUAAAUCUAGUUGGUACAUUGCGGAAGUCAAUAUAAUAGCCAUUAUACGUAUAUAUAUUAUAAAUAUAUAUUAUAUUAUAUAUAUACCUAUACCAGUGCCGUGUAGCACAAUCGGCACCCGAUGCUAAGAAUCGGUUUUAGCGCCCCCACCUCUUCUACAAAAUAUUUGUAUACCUAUAAAGAAACUGCAUAAGAUUAAAGGAGAAGGGAUCGUAAAUAUGUAUAUACAGAGCGUCCCACAAUUAUAUACAUUAUACCUAUUAUAAUAUCUCCAGAGAUAAUAAAAAUAAUCAAAUUCUGGUUUUUUUUUUUUGUAUAUUAUUCACUGAAAUAACGACUACUUUUAUUUAUAUUGCAAUUGAUUUUUCAUGUUUUGGUAAAAAAUUUAAGAAAAUAACUUUCUAGUGUAUUAUUGUUAAACAAAUUUGAUGAUAGACAUUUUAUAGGGUUUAUUAUUAUUAUAAACAUUUUGAUAUAUCAAUUUUUUGUCUGCAUUCGCUUUUCAAUAGCUGCAUCCACCUAUGAAGCAUGCCCGUCUUUUUUAAUUUAAUUAUCAUAAUGAUAAUUAUCAACAAAAUCAUAAUAAUCAACAUUCAAACAACAAUAAUCGUAGUCAUAUUCACAAGAAUUAUAAUAGGUUAAAAUAAUUAUAAUAAUAAUAAUCAUCAUCUUAAUAGUAACAAUAUUCACGAAUAACAAUAAUGAUUACAUAAAUACGUGUAUUAAUGCGCAUUUUAUUAAUAUUUAUGAACAAUAAUAACAAUUGACAUAUUAACAACGAUCAAUAAUAAUAAUCAUCAUCAAUGAAUUUCAUAAUAAGCAUUUUAGUAAAAUAAUCAAAUCAAUAAUAAUCAUCAAUAAUAUUAAUCAACAAUAAUAAUCAUCAGCACACUUAUAACAACUAUCAAUAAUAAUAAUGAUCCUCAACAAAUAUUAUAGUCAGCAUUUUAAUAAGAAUAAUCAUUAAUAAUAAAUAAUACAAUACAAUUGUUAUUAUUUAAUAAUAAUAAUUUAUUAUUGGUGAUUAUUAUUAUUUAAAUGAUCAUCGUUCUCAUUGUUACCUAUUAUGCUUCUUAUUAAAAUGGUGAUUAUGAUUAUGAUUAUAGUUAAUUAUUUUGUUAAAAUGCUAAUUAUGAUAUCUGUUAAUCAUCAACAAUUGUGUUGUAUUAUUUAUUAUUAAUGAUUAUUCUUAUUAAAAUGCUGACUAUAAUAUUUGUUGAGGAUCAUUAUUAUUAUUGAUAGUUGUUAUAAGUGUGCUGAUGAUUAUUAUGAUGUUGAUUUGAUUAUGAUUUUUAAAGGGCUCAUUAUUAUUAUAUUUAUGCUAAUUUGUAUUAACCUUAUUAAAAUUAUGACUAUGAUUAUUUUUAGUUAUUUCAUUAAAAUGCUGAUUAUAUUUGUUAAUGAUAAUUAUUAUUAUUAUCGAUGGUUGUUAAUAGUAUGCCGAUUGCUAACCGCUAAGAUAUAACCGCUAAAAGAGUAAAAUAGGGACUUUUCUCCUGCGAAAACAUGGUGAAUUGCAUAUUAAAAUUCAAUCUAACUUUUAUCACUUCGAUCCGUCGGUAAAAUAACUCUUAUUCCUGAGUUCGGAAUCGUUUGAUCCAGAGGGAGCCUAAAUGUACAAAAGUAACGGGGAAAUUGUUGUAAUAUGGAGUAAAAAUAUUUGUAUUCCACGCUAUGUAUACUACAAAAUCGAAAAAGUUCUACCUCGUAUUUUUUUCUUCAAGAACAAAUUUACGAUUGUCGUUUAAGAUUGUUUGGGUUCAGACGUUCUAUUUCCUUGAGUGUUUUCGAAAAUGAACUAAAUCCUGAGUAUACAAGUAUGACUAUAUAGUCAUUUUUAUCAAGUUUGUAAACGAAAACUACAAUUAAAUAAUUAAAUCGUAACGUCCGUAACCGUUUAACGAAAAAUACAACAUUUUAUGAAAAUGCGUUUUUCGAAAUUAGUCGAAAAGUUUUGUCCCGCGACUACAAUACAUAAUAAAAAUACAAACAUUUCAAUUGAACGCGAUUUGUUUGGAUUUUGUAAACGGAACUUGGACGGAACUUUUCUAGCACGAGAAAAUAAUAAUAUACUUUUAUGUUUUGCUACACGGACGACAACUACAGUUAAUAAAUAAUAAAUCGUGUUUGAGUUUGUUAUUAUGUAUUAUAGUUUUGAAUAUGACAACACAAUUAUUCCAAAAUUAUCAGUAGUCUAUUAUGCCAGUUCGGGAGAGGGAGUGAAGUUAUGGAUGAUAUAUAACUGUGUAGAUAGAUGGAUGUGAUAGGGGUGAUGGGGUGAAAAUAGUCAUACAAUGGGAUUAAAGGUGAAAGUCGUGGUGAAAAAGAUGAUGAAAGUGUGAAAAAGCGAGGAUGGAUCUGUGUUUUUACGUUCAUUCAGUCUACUGCCAAAAUGAACACAUCAGUAUUAAUCAAAUUGAGACAAAGCAUAUUAUUAUGGGCUAUGACAGGUAAGUCCCGACUUCUUAUCAUUUAUUUUUUAUCAAUAUUGCUUAUCUUUUAUUAAUUAUAUCGCCUUUAAACUAUUACAGUUAGUUAUACCUAAUAAUAAUAUACGUGUGUAUAAUCUAUACAUAUUUCCAAUCAUUUUAGUGCAAUUGUAUUUUAACAAUAAUAUUAAUUAUGCCCGUUAUGGGCAGUAUUCAUUUUUUCUCCAAAUUUAAAAUGUAUAACUUUUAGACCUCACAACAGUAUUUUUUCCAGGGCCUUCCGGAAUACCCGGCGGUAUUUAUACGUACAGGUAUAUUAGUGGUGCUAAUCUUAAAAACAAUAAUUGUAACAGUACAUUAUACAUACGCAUUUUAGGUUAAAAUUUUGACCAAAAUCGUAAAAACCAUGGCAUUUCAACCAAACUUCCCUUAAAAUCAUAGUUCGUCAGCGGUGAUUUACCGUUUAGUGUACAGAUAUAAAUUAAAUAACUUUAUGUAUUCUACCUACAACAGGGGAACCCGUAAGCAGUAUUAGCUAUUUUUAUUUCUGUUUAACAGGAUUUACAUUAUUUUGCUUUUCGUCCGGCGGACAAGAUCGUGGCCACGUGGACGGCAAUGCAAACCGUCACUGAAGCCAACGGAUGUCUGUUUGUCUUGCCAGGUUCACACGUGGACCCGGGCAAACUACUGCCACACGAAUAUCCACAAUGGAAAGUAAGAUCAUUGCCAACGCGUGUUCAUCUAAUAGCAUAUUUAUGAAAAUGAAGUCUUGAGGAAUAGAUCCCAUUCUUGUACUUGACUCAUUUUUUUUUUUUUAACAGAAGCAUUUAAACGAAAUUAAUAUAUUGAAUUUAUAGACGUUUAUUCACCUGUAAUCGACCAACAUUCUAGAUCGAUCGAAUUAAAUACCUAUGUAAACAUUAAAAUUUAUUACAGAAAACAUAAUUCUCAAACUCAGGAGUGAGGACUUCAGGCACUACUUAAGGUUUUCAAUAAAAAAUCCUAUUAAGACAUAAAAAUAUAUUAUGCAUAGGUCUUCUGCACCUUUAUAAUAUUAAAUACUAUUACUCCUGAUCGAUUUAAAGGUGCUAUUUUUGCUACCAUGUCACAGAGACAUCGAGAUAACUACAUAAUAUCAAUUUUUCAUUCGUGGUUAAUAAAAAAAGAUAACUUGAAUUUAUAUUAUAAACCAAUGGAACAAAGUAAAUUCGAAUAAUAAUAUAUUAAUUAUAAAAUGCCUUAUAAAAAAAUAAAAACUGAUAAAAAAUUGAUAUUUCAAUCCUUUCCCCCUCAAGAAAAUCCUAUAUACGCCUCUGCGGUCACUCUUUAUUAAGAAAAAUAUUAAUAAUUACUAUAAUAUGUAUUUAAUUAUCGUUUCAUGAUUUUUUUUUUUUUUAAGGGAGCCGUAAACAAAGGUUUUCAUGGAAUCAUCGGACACGACGACAGUCUACGCGCCGCUAAAAUAAUACAUUUGAACAUGAAUCCUGGCGACACGGUAUUUUUCCAUCCAUUACUCAUACACGGAUCGGGACCGAACACGACAAAAGUAUGUUACCUAUAAUCAAAUCAAUGAGGAUCGAUUACCCCAUUUUAUUUGCCCAAAUUGAGUACUAAAUACUCAAAUUUACACACACGCUUUUAUGUACAUUUCUUCUUAUUUUUUUUUUUUUUUUUAUUAGAUCUCGAAUUGAAAAGAUUCGCUUGCAAUAAUUUAUUAUCCAAUUCUUUAGUCGAUUUUCAAUCUGAAAAUCAUGUGUUCGUAAUUUUAAGUAGGUAAUAUACUAAGUAGGUAAGCUGGGUAGAUAUUUCAUAACACGGUUUUACAAAUUAUUUUCUUCUUCUAUAGUUUUAUUCAGAUUUUUCGCCGUAAUCACUACGCCUUUCCGUAAUUCUCAUCUGUCAUUGUAGCAUAUACUUCACAGUUAAUUACUCCUAUCUACAUUUAUUGUUGAUAACUUAUUGAAUGUCUAAAAGCUCUAAUUAAAAAACAAAAAACUUAUUGAAUAAUUAUAUUAUGCAUAUAUUUAACUGUUUGUUUUAUAUUCAUCAACCACGUACUGUAUAAAUAAGGAAACGAGAAAAGCAAUUUCUUGUCAUUUUGCGUCUUGUGAAUGUCAAUACAUCGACGUCACAGACACGACCCAGCAGAAUAUCGCCGAUGAAGUCAAGGAAAUAGCCCGUAGACGGGGGUUUGACGAUAUGGAUUUCAGAGUAAAUAUAAUAAGAAUAUAACAACAAAUUAACAAGUCAUAAGCAGUGGCGGCUCAUAGAGCCAUAAGUGCUGAGGUUAAUAUUUUGAAAAUUACAAGAGGAUAAAUGUUAAUAUAAACGAAGAAAAUAAUAUAUUUGCUACUAUUAUGUAGUACCACGUUCUAAUAUAGUAAAGCCGUACGAUUUUGUUACACUAUUAUUUGUUGAGUUUAGACUUUAGUUAUCGGUAGGUACGUAUACAGAUAAAUAUAUUUUCGAAAUUCGUUUUAAAAUAUUGAAAUACCUAUGGUAUUUUCAAAAUGAAAUUAAGAAAAUUUCACCUUGAUGAGGCUGUACCUUACUCGCCAUAACUGGUAAGCCGCCACUGCCUAUAAAUAUUAUAACAGUAUUAUAUAAAUUCGAAAAACAUAAAAAAAAAAAAACAAAUAUUACAUCACAACUUGAUUGAAAUAAUAAUAAAAUUGUACAACAAUUAUUAUUACAAGACUUUUUGAAUGUUUCCAGGACUUUUGGAAAUUCAGAAGCCGACUGGUACGUGGUUUGAAAAUGCAUUUGUAACGCGAAUCCGAAUAAAUACGGUAUUAUAAUUAAUUAUUAUGUACCGCGAAGUUGUCGUAAUAUAUUUUUGACGAUAAUAUUAUUUUUCUCUUAAUACCAUGUUAUAUAGUAAAAAACUGAAACUAUUUUAAACAGCUAAAUAGGUACCUAUGUAGACAUUUUUAGAUUUCAUUGUAUACCGGGUAAAUCUUUUAUUGCAAUCCAGCAAAUUUUCCGAAAUAUUAUGAGUACAUUUGAUUUCUGUAAUUUUGUUUUUCAAUAAUAACGUGUGGAAUUGUCUAAAUUCUAUUUUAAAAUAAUUUUGAAAUGUUUAUGUAUUGUAGUAAUACUGCAGAAAAGAAAGAAACUAAGGAUACGGAAAUAUAUAUAUAUACUUCGGGUAGUCACUAUGUAGUGACUCAAAAUGGGA